GCAAACAACAGUUCGCGCUUAGACCCCGGACCGCUCACAACGCGACAGUCGCUCGUUCGAAAGCCCACAGAAGGAACAAAAAAUUGGAAGAAAAAAAUUAGUAAGCAGAACAACAAGAAGCCAGAAAAUGAGUCACAAAAUUGCCGCCGUAUGUCUCCUGAUGAGCUGCCUGUUUGCCGCAGUCUACGGCGCAGCUAAGGUACCCAUUGCCGUGUACUACGAGUCUCUGUGCCCGGACAGUGCCAAGUUCAUUACGGAGCAACUGUAUCCUGCGGUCAGGGGAGAGCUGCGCGAUGUGGUGGACCUCACCUUGGUGCCUUUCGGAAAGUCUCAGUUCUUUACCCAGGGCGCCGAGGUGACCUUCACCUGCCACCAUGGGCCGAACGAGUGCUACGGCAACAAGGUGCAUGCCUGUGCCAUCGAGCACAUCCAGGCCAACUCCUACCAGGUUGAGUACACGCGCGAGUCCCUGACUAUCGACUUCAUCAACUGCCUGAUGAAGGCCGGCAAGAACUUCCCGGACAAUGUCUAUCCCGGCCAGCGUUGUGCGCAGGAGAACCACAUCAACAACUGGGAGAACAUCAAGACAUGUGCCAACAGCACCGAGGGCAGUGUCCUGCUACGUAAGGCCGGAGAGGCCACCCAGCGGCUCAAGGAGCCACUGACCAGCGUGCCCACCAUUCUGUUCAACGAGCAAUUUGAGAAGAAGGUUAAUGAACGCGCCCAGGAGAACUUUGUCGGCACCCUCUGCAAGUAUGUGUCCGCCCCACAGCCGCACAUCUGCACUGCCCACAACGGUGCCGCCGCUCCUUCGAUCACCAGCGUAAGCGCCAUCCUUGGCUCCCUGCUGGGUCUUUGGUCUAUCAUCCGCCUCUUCCACUAAGCUGCCAACUGUCAGCCGCCUUUGCUAUCUCCCACACCAACCCAACUUCAACUUCCAACUCAGCCAGACCUUUCUGUGCAAUCGGGAAUCUCAACCGUUAAUGCCUUGUUUUACCUUACCACCUUUUGUUGGUUUGUUUUUAGGCCAAUUGAAAGCCAAGCCGUCCAGAUAGAAUAUGAAUCACAAUAUCAGAGAUCAAAUUAGUUUUGCCAAGAGCUGGUCUUAAUGUAACAAUUUAAUAAAUUCUAAAUAAUAAAAUAUGAAA